AAAGAAUGUGAGACAUUUUCUGAAAAUAAUUUUAAUAUAAAAAAUAUUAAAAAAAAAUCUAAAUAAAAAAAGUUUUUCGGUAUAUUGUCAAACAGCCGAGUAUAUUCAGGCAUUUUCUUCUACUUUUUUAUUUUCAUAUACCAUUUCCAUUUGGGACACACUUGAUUUGCAAAAUUUUCUUCAACCAUGGAUACGAAUUCCAACCCAAUUCUGAAACUCGCUUUCUUCCUAUCCCUAAUUCUCAAUAUCCAUUCCUUGUAUGGUGCUGAUUCCAUCUCUACAAAUGAUAUACUCUCUGGUCAAUCUACCAUUAUCUCUGCAAGCAGUGUAUUUGAAAUGGGAUUCUUUCGACCAGGUUCAGCUCAAGACUAUUAUUUAGGCAUAUGGCGCUUGAAAGAUACUUCUCGUAGGUCAGUUUGGGUGGCAAACAGAGAGAUACCAGUCUCACUUGCGUCAGAGCUAAGAAUCACAGAUGGAAAUUUGGUUCUCUAUAAUGAGUUAAAGCUACCAGUUUGGUCCACGAAUUUGAGCUCCAGUAAUACUACCACACGUUCUGUACAAGCGGUACUUUUAGAUUCCGGAAAUUUAGUUAUAAACGACAAAUCUAGUAGUUCAUCAAUACCAUUGUGGCAAAGUUUUGAGUUUCCUAGUCAUGCAUGGCUACCUGGAGCCAAAUUAGGGUACAACAAAACAAGCGACACUAGGAAGAUUCUAACUUCAUGGAAAAGCUUGGAGGACCCUUCCCCAGGGCUGUUCUCUGCUCAGCUAGAUCAUACUAACAACUCUGUUUUUAUUCAGUGGAAUAGGAGUAAGAACUACUGGACCAGUGGUCCUUGGGAUGGAAAUCUCUUUAGCGGGAUUCCUGAGAUGAACCGCAAUGCAGAAAACUACUAUUUCACCUUUGUAUCAAACGAAAAUGAAAGCUACAUCACCUACACCAUGACAAACACUUCAACAUUGAUAAAUCAUUUUGAGAUUGAUGUUUCAGGGCAGCUUACACAGGUGAAUUGGCGGUCUGAUAAUGGUUGGACUGUGUUUUGGUCGGUUCCAAGCCAACGAUGUGAAGUUUAUAGAGCUUGUGGGGCAUAUGCCAAUUGUGAUAGUAAUGAGGAAUCCUUGACCCCUUGUCAAUGUUUGAUGGGGUUUGAGCCGAAUUCGCCGAAAGAUUGGGAAUUGAAGGAUUACUCAGGUGGUUGCUAUAGAAAAACAAGGUUGCAGUGUGGGGUUAGUAAUAAUAAUACUACUGUGGAUAGAUUUCUGGAAAUGACAGAUAUGUCCUUGCCUGAAAAUAUGCAUUCUGAAGAAGCUAGUAAUCUGGAUGAAUGCGAAUCAAAUUGCUUGAGAAACUGCUCUUGCUCUGGCUUUUCCUAUGGAAGUUUGGGCUGUUCAAUUAUUACGGGUGAUAUCUUAAAUCUGAAGCAGCUAGUAUCUGGAGAUAGCAGACAAAGGACUAUCCAUAUUCGGUUAGCGAAUUCUGAGUUUCGAAUGCGUAAGGAAUUUCAAAGAUGGAAGCUUUAUGCUCUCUUGUUUGGGGUAAUAGCUUUAGUCAUGUUCAUCACUUUUAUUGCUUGUUUCAUUUAUUUACGGAGAAGGAAAAGAGCAGCCAUCAAACAAGAAUUAGGUAGCUUGAUAGAUCCAAACCAUUUCAAAGACGAUGAAAAGGAAGGCAUACAAGUCCCGUUUGUUGCUUUGGCAAACAUACUAGCUGCUACAGAUAACUUUUCAGAAGCUAACAAACUUGGACAAGGAGGGUUUGGCCCUGUCUAUAAGGGUAAAUUUCCAGGUGACCAAGAAAUAGCUAUAAAGAGGCUUUCGAGUGGUUCUGGACAAGGGUCAGAGGAAUUCAAGAAUGAGGUACUAUUGAUUGCCAAACUCCAGCAUCGUAAUCUUGUUAGACUUUUGGGCUAUUGUGCCGAAAGAAAUGAACAAAUACUAAUCUAUGAGUACAUGCCCAACAAGAGCUUAGAUUCAUUCUUAUUUGAUGAAAACUUACGUGGGUUGCUGAAUUGGGAAAUACGCUUUAAUAUCAUCAUGGGAAUUACUCGAGGACUUCUCUACCUUCACCACGAUUCAAGGUUAAGGAUUAUCCAUAGAGACUUGAAGAUAAGUAAUGUUCUGCUCGAUGAACAUAUGAAUCCUAAAAUUUCCGAUUUUGGCUUAGCAAAGAUUUUUGGAGGAAAACAAACUCAAGGAAGCACAAACAGAGUCGUUGGUACCUAUGGUUACAUGUCACCAGAGUAUGCACUAGAGGGGUUAUUCUCAACUAAAUCAGACAUUUUCAGUUUUGGGGUCGUCACAUUAGAAAUUAUUACAGGACAAAGAAACUCGAAAUCUUAUCGAUUAGAAGAAGCUGUUGGCCUUAUAGGCUAUGUAUGGGAAAUGUGGAACAAAAACAAGGCCUUUGAACUAAUAGAUUCAGCAUCAAAGGAGAAGUUCAAUGAAGAUGAGUUCAUGAGGUGUGUAAGAGUGGGACUAUUGUGCGUACAAGAUGACCCAAAUGAUCGUCCCACUAUGUCAAAUGUGAUGUUGAUGCUUGGAAGUGAAACUGCAAGUCUUCCAAGUCCUCGACAACCAACAUUUAUUGUGAAAAGAUCUAUAUCUAGUAACCCUAAUAAUCUUUCUCAUUCAUCAUCAUCAAAUAACUUGUUGACAGAUACUUUGUACCAAGGUCGGUAACAAUGUAAGUAAACGUUUUAGGUUACUUUGCUCUAGAACAAUGCCACAACAAUGAUACUUGUUUUUCUUCAUCAAAUGCUCAGUAUGUAUGUGUAUUUGUUCAAA